CAGGCGCAUUGGUGCAUCGCCUCGGUGGGCGCUCCUGGCGGCCGCGACCGUCCAAGUCCGGGCUCUCCUAAACCCUGCUGCUCUCCCCUGUGGCCAUGUCUCCGUAGCUGGCAUUUGGCAUUCCAUUUGUGUGUGGUGGAAGCCUCAUUGGGCGCUCAGAUGGAGGAGCCGGUGGCGUUUUCUGCUCUGCAGGGCUGUGACAGGAGCCCCUCUGAUGACUCAUUAAAAAAAUAUGAGCAGAAUGUUAAACUUUCAGGUAUGCAUUAAAAAGAUAUUGAGAAGCUUUGUGAAGCUGUUCCACAGCUUGUCAGUCUGUUCAAAAUCAAGGACAAAAUCGGAGAAGGCACCUUCAGCUCUGUUUAUUUGGCCACGGCACAGUUGCAAGUAGGACAUGAGAGAAAAUUGCGGCUGAAACACUUAAUUCCAACAAGCCACCCUGUAAGAAUUGCCGCAGAGCUUCAGUGUCUGACCGUUGCGGGGGGGGCAGGACACGUCAUGGGCGUUAAGUACUGCUUCAGGAAGGAUGACCAUGUGGUUAUUGCCAUGCCGUAUCUGGAACAUGAGUCAUUUCUGGACAUUUUGAAUUCUCUUUCCUUUGAAGAAGUGCGGGAAUAUAUGUAUCUCUUCAUUGCUUUGAAACGGAUUCUCAGUUUGGUAUUGUUUCACCGUGAUGUGAAGCCCAGCAACUUUUUAUAUAAUAGACGCUUGAAAAAGUAUGCGUUGGUGGACUUUGGCUUGGCCCAAGGAACCCAUGACACAAAAAUUGAGCUUCUCAAGUUUGUUCAGUCUGGCCAGCAGGAAGGUUGUUCACGAAACAAGUACCACGGAGUCACUGGACACAAGGGAUCACUGAGUCGUCCAGCACCUAAAAAUGUGGAUCAGCAGUGUCCCGCAAACACCUCCGUCAAAAGAUCCUACGCAAACACACAGAUUCACGUUAAGCCAGGAAAGACGGAAAGGUUCUCUCAUAAGCAAUCAAAGACUGUGGACGUAAUCUCAAGAAAGCUAGCAACAAAAAAGGCAGCCAUUUCUACCAAAGCUGUGGCUAGCGUAGUGAGGAAAACCGCCAGUUCCUGCCCGGCCACGCUGACCUGCGACUGCUACGGGACAGACAGAGUGUGCAGCAUUUGCCUGGCGAGGCGGCAGCAGGUUGCCCCUCGGGCAGGCACACCAGGAUUCAGGGCACCGGAGUCUGACAAGUGUCCUAACCAAACUACAGCGAUCGACAUGUGGUCUGCAGGGUGUCAUCCUGCUAUCCCUGCCAGUGGGCGGUACCCCUUUUACAAGGCCAGCGACGACCUAACUGCCCUGGCUCAGAUCAUGACAGUCCGAGGGUCCAGGGAAACUGUCCAGGCUGCUAAAGCUUUCGGCAAAUCAAUUUUGUGUAAAGAAGUUCCGGCACAAGACCUGAGAAAACUCUGUGAGAGUCUAAGGGGUCUGGACCCUAACACCCCCAAUUUAGCAGCUGGUCCACCAGGGUGUGCUUCUCCAGAGAACACGUCUUCCCCCGUACAAAGACCCACACCAGCACUUGAAGGAUUCUGUGUUCGAGGGGACAGUGGUGGCUGUGAGACUCAUCCCAUGGAGUGUACUACCAGCUCGGAAGGCUGGGACGCAGUGCCUGAUGAAGCAAACUAUGACCUGCUUGAUAAACUUCUAGAUCUAAACCCAGCUUCACAUACCGCAGAAGCGAGCCUUAUUGCUCCAUUCUUUAAAGAUAUGAGCUCCUGAUACAGUUGUCUGUCACUGCUGUCUCUUCUGAGGUGGGGCAGGUAACCACAGGUUCUUGUUUGCAUCCAAAUCCAGGGAGGGAUGAAUAACUUAUUUUAAAAUUACAGUAUUUGCCUCUGAGGGUCAGACUGCAAGCAAUGUCCUGGCACGACCUUUGCGUUAAACCACCAAGUAGAGUUCCGAGCUUUAGUUCCUGGUUUUCUCUGCUUCUGGGGCAGCCUUAGUCUGGUUCACGGGUUCAAGGGACAGGUCAUGAAGUUCUCGGGUAUGACAGGGCCUAAAUGAGUGAAGAAGAAAGAUUGCUUCCAGAUCUGUGCGGUCCGUACUGUGCAUGGGCUUUCCUGUAGGUGCGUGUAUAAGCACA